AUGGACUGUCGAAGCCGGCGCGAUUCACCGGCUCGGCAGCGACGCAGCAGCAACCAGCAGCAGCAGCAACAGCAACAGCAGCAGCAGCACCCGUCGCUGCAGCAGCAGCAACAGCAGCAGCAACACCCGCCGCGGUCGUACAACAGCCCGCCGCCGAUCAGCAGCACCGACCCGGCCGCCAACGAGUGCAAGCUGGUCGAGUACCGCGGCCAGAAGGUGGCCGCGUUCAUGAUAGCCGGCGACACGAUGCUGUGCUUGCCGCAGGCGUUCGAGCUGUUCCUCAAGCACUUGGUCGGCGGACUGCACACCGUCUACACCAAGCUCAAGCGGCUCGACAUCGUGCCGCUCGUGUGCAACGUCGAACAGGUACGCAUACUCCGCGGCAUGGGCGCCAUACAGCCGGGCGUGAACAGGUGCAAGCUGCUCUCGUGCAAGGACUUCGACACGCUGUACAGAGACUGCACGACCGCCAGGUGCAUGAUGUCGCACAAGCCGACUGACAGUUCUCGGCCCGGAAGACCGCCAAAGAGAGCGUCGUCCGUGGGCUUGUCUCUGGCUGCGUCGGCCUCACAUUUGAGUCAUCAGCUGAAGAAACACCGUCUUGAAAAUGGAGACUACGUUGCCGGAGUUUACGAAAAUGGACAUUUGCAAGAUUCGCCCCGUAUGGAAAAAUCGCCACUGCUGGCAAACGGAUACAAUCACCCGCCCACACACCUUGGACACAUGCAGUACAUGCAGCAGUUCAAUCAUCACCACCAUCAUCCAGCAGCCGCGCACGCCAUCAUGAACCCGGCCGGUCUGUCGCACCCCGCGUUACCUCGUCCCGAUGCGCAGCUACUUAAGAGCCAAGGACUCUCCAUGGAAGCGUUGGCCAGUUCGGGUAUAUGGGAAAAAGCGUAUGCCGGCUUCAUGAAACAACUAGAAAGAGCCAACGACGAACGGGUGGGCGACAUAAAUCGAGCGCUAAAUUUUGAUCAGAAAGCAAGGGAUUUGACAUCACAAAAUGGUUCGUCCGAAGGACAUAGCCCGGUGUUGAAUCUGUCCAAAACGGGAGGCGAUCAUUCGGGACCGGCCAGUGAUCAUUCGGCUGGCGGCAACACAAACGUCGACGAUGAAGACGAUUUGGACGAAGACGACGAUAACAUUUCCGACGGCGAAGAAGACGACAUCAAAGAUCACGACCUCAGCGACAAUCCGGACGUGGGAGGCAAUAGCAGCGCGCACGGUAGCGUCACGCCCCCACCCCAGGCAUUGAACUUUGGUUCCACCGGUUCUGGGGAUAUGGGUUUGCCGUACAUGACCACUGAGUCACUACUUCGGAAGAUACAAGCUCUACUUAAGGCUGCCGCUGACAAGAUCCGAGAUGACGACCGCGCGUUGAACUUUGAAAAAGCCGAGUUGAAAAUGGAUGUGCUUCGUGAAAGGGAAGUCAAAGGAAGUCUAGAACGACAGUUGGUCGACGCCCAAAAACUGCGAGUCGUUUACCAAAAGCGUCUGCGCAGAGAGAGAAAAGCCAGAAAACGCGUUCAGGAUCAGCUGGAACAAGAGUUGAAGCGGAGAGCUCAGCUGGAAGAGAUGAUCAAAGCGGCCGGUGCGCCAGCAGACGCACUCCGUGUACUAACAGAGAAUAACAACGAAAAACCGAGGGAUAGGUCGGAACAGUCGCAGAGUCCGCAAAACUAUUCUUCCGGACAAGUGCAACGAGGUUCGGAGACGUCCAACGACAAGCAAUGGAACUAUUCAGGACUGGACCUGAUGAGCUCGUCCGGAGCUGCUGCAUUCUGGCAAAACUAUUCCGAAACGUUUGCGCAGGAGCUCGAUCUGGAACGAAAAGCCAGGCAGCAACAAUCUGCCCAACAGAAUCAACAACAGAGCCAACACUCGGACAGAGACAUAAAAUCGCCCGUUCCAGAUAACAGGGCAAAAUUUUUCAAUAAUUCCGUAUUGUUCAGCACGGCAACAUAAUUGCGGAACGUAGUUUAAAAUUUUUAAAUAAUAUUUAAAUUGUACUUAAAAGAAUAUUAGUGAAGAUUUUCUCGUUUUGUAUCAAAUAUAUCAUAUUAUUAUACCUAUAUUAUAAUAAUAAUAUUACGUAUGUCGGCAUUUUUUUUUUUUUUUUGUAUGUAUUUACGUAUGUGACUUUAUUAUGGGCUUUUACGCAUGCAUUUAAAAAAUGCAUUAUAUUAUAUGUAUCAUGUAUUAUUAUUAUAGUAAUAUUAACUAUUAAAAUAUUAUUUAGAUUUAUCGUUAUAUUGUAUAGUGUUUCGCGACAAACUAACAUGUAUUGCGUGUUAUAUUACACAUUGCCACGAUGUUUGUAUCAACCGAUGUGUAGACAGUACUAAAAGUGUUUGUAAUAUCAUGCGAUCUCAAAAAUCAUGACGUAAAAAUGACAUAUUGUAUUAAGCAAUGUUGUACGAACUCCGCGGGAAAUUUCGACUUUGAUAGACCCGACGAUUCUGUAUAAAUUAUAAUAUAUAUAUAUAUAUAUAAUAGUAUAUUAUUUAUUGAUUUCAUUAUAACUAAAUAAAAUUUACCGACUGAUUUUUAGAAAGAAAAAAACAUUGUAAUUUAAAAUACCGUAUAAAUAUCUAUACGAAUCAAACGUGUGUCGUUGGGUAAACAUUACAUUGACUUUAAUUAAUGUAAAUGUCUCCUUUCUCCCCACCCGAAAAAAAUACUAUUGCAUUAUAACACGGUUAUACGUCCAAAUUUGUAUAAAUAUAAUAUAAUUAUAAGUAGUUCCUUCUUUUGGUAUAUUAUGUAUAUAUAUAUAUAUAUAUUUUUUUUUUUUUUGUUAAAUUAAAAACGAAACUUUCUCGUGACCAUACGUCGUGAUAAUAAUAUGUAUGUAUAAUAUAUUAUGUACCGCCUAAAUAUUUGCAUUGAUAUUUUAAGUUACAGUUAUAUCAAUGUAUAAACAUAUAAUACGAUGUAUUGUAUAACGUUGUGUGAGACACCUACGUGUCUUUUCGCAUUUUGUAUAGAAGUAUAAUAAUUUUAAUAUAUAUAUGUAUUGUGUA